AUGUCAAACUUGAGCCAACUCAACGCACAGCAGGUCAGAGACUUUGUCACUACCAAGCACGAUAAACCAUAUCCAGCAAUAGACCCCCUGCAAUCGCCUUUGCCUAAUGAUUACGUCGUCUGUAUCAUCGGAGCCGGAGGUGCUGCUGGUGCGGCAUUAUGCAGGUCAUUCGCAAAAGCCGGAGCGUCUGGCAUUAUCCUAGCGGCGCGAACACAAGCGACCCUGGGAAAAACCGCCGAAGAAGUCACUACUAUCAACAGCUCGACAAAGGUUACCUCAGUCAUAUGCGAUAUCAGUUUAGAGGCCGACGUGGUCAAGAUAGCCAACGCCGUUAAAGAACAAUUUAACGGCAAGCUUGACGCAGUCAUCGUCAAUUGUGGAUUUUCCGGCCCAUUGUCCAAAGCUACAGUCAUUGAGGAAGAUGUUGGCGAUGUUCAAAAAGCCUUUGCGGUUCACUGCACAGGUACUUGGCUUGCCGCCCACCACUUACUCCCCUUUCUACUCGAAAGCAAAGGUAGUUUCAUUGUGAUUAGUUCCAUUUCCGCUCAAGGACUUAAUGGCUUUGGGACAACGUCUCAUUACUGCGCAAGCAAACUGGCACAGGCUCGCAUUGUCGAAAUCAUCCAUGCCCAGUACGCCGAUAAAGGACUCUUCGUCGCUAGUGUACAUCCAGGUGGAAUGAAGAGUGAAUUUUCAAUUGCCGCAUCCAAGGACAUUCAACACUUGUUGAACGAUAGCCCAGAUCUGGUGGGCUCUUUUUGCGUGUGGUUGCUAAAUGAAGAAGGACUGGAGAAGCGUAAAGAGGCCUUAAAUGGGAGAUGGUUAUCUUGUAAAUGGGAUGUUGGCGAGCUGGAAGACAAGUACAAUGCUAUUCAAGAGCGCGAUUUGCUUAGGUUCAGGAUGGCUGUUGAAUAG